AUGCCCGCUAGCGACCUCAAAGGCGUCCUCGUCGCCCUAAUCACCCCCUUCACCCCCAACCAGAAAGAAAUCGACACCGCUGCCCUCGAUGCACACAUUCAACGCAUGAUCGCCGCAGGCGUCCACGGCCUCGUCCCUGGCGGCAGCACGGGCGAAUUCACAGCCCUCACCACCGAAGAGCGCAAAAUCCUUGUCAAGCAGUCCGUCGACUCUGCUGCUGGCCGAGUCCCCGUCGUGGCGGGCAUCGGCGACCUCUCCACCGCAAAGGCCGUCGAGCAUGCCAUCUACGCCGCCUCCGUCGGCGCCAGCGCGCUGAUGGUUGUCCCUCCGUUCUACGAUGCGCCCAACUUAGUGCAAUUGAAGGAGCUGCUCAAGGAGAUUCACGACGAGUCCAAGUUGCCGAUUAUGUACUACAACAUCCCCUCCGCCAGCGGCGUUUCGCUCUCCCCUGAGGAGAUUGCUUCGCUGUCAGAGGUUGGCGUCACGCAUCUCAAGGAUACUUCCGGCAACGCGCCCGCCCUUACAGACAUGCUCUUCACCGAAGCCACCUCCUCUAAAGUUACCGCUUUCAACGGCUGGGACACCCUCACAUUCUAUGGCCUGGCUGCAGGCGCAAAGGGCUCCGUGUGGGGCGCGACAAACAUCAUUCCCGAGCUAUCUUCACAGCUAUGGGAGGCGUUGGGGGAGAAGAAGGACUUGGUGAAGGGCAGGGAGCUGUGGGCCAAGAUCUUCCCGAUUUGCAAGUUCCUCGAGGCGCCUGGCGACAACUACGGUGCGGCUGUGAAGACGGGGAUGGAGUUGCGCGGGUGGAAGACGGGAGGUAUGCGCAAGCCGUUUAAGCUGCUUGAGGGGGAGAGGCGCAAGGAGCUUGCACGGUUGUUGAAGGAUGCGGGCGUUGAGGUCGUUGCGUAG